CCGGGAUAUAAGGCCGCUAAGUAUGACUUCAUACUCAUCUCUGACAGCGGUAUCAGAAUGAAAGAGGACACUCUGCUGGAUAUGGUGUCGUCGAUGGCAGACGACGUGGCUUUAGUCCAUCAAAUGCCGUUCGUUUGCGACCGAAAGGGCUUCCCUUCAGUGCUCGAGAAGGUAUACUUCGGAACGGCUCACGCGAGGAUAUACUUGUCGGCAGACUUCUUAGGCAUCAAUUGUCCGACUGGUAUGUCGGCGUUGAUGAGGAAGAAGCCGUUGGACGAAGUCGGAGGUAUCGCUGCGUUUGGCCAAUACUUAGCCGAAGACUUCUUUUUUGCCAAAUCAUUCACUGAUCGAGGUUGGAAACUUCGCAUAAGCUCUCAGCCCGCGUGGCAGAACUCCUGUACCCCUGAUAUCGAUUCAUUCCAACACAGAAUUACGAGAUGGGCUAAACUGAGGAUUGCAAUGAUCCCGCAUAUGAUUCUAUUGGAGCCGUUGUCCGAGUGCUUAAUGUUGGGUGUGUUGGCCGCGUGGGCCGUCAGCUUCCUGGUCCAGUGCGACCCCUUUGCCGUCUACUUAGUCCACCUCCUCCUGUGGUUUCUUCUCGAUUAUGUGCUCUUAUGUAUAGUUCAGAACGGUUCCAUACCAUUCAGUAAGACUGACUUUGUGGUGGCCUGGAUGUUGAGGGAGUGCUGUGCUCUCAUACUGUUUAUCAGAGCCCUAUGGGAACCGGACAUAAAGUGGAGGACCGGCACGUUUAAGCUGAUGUGGGGCGGUGUGGCCCAAGAAGUGAAAACAAAAUUAUAGCAUU